AUGGAGGAGACUGAGAGAAUAACCUCCGUCAUUAGCCAGAGUGGCACUAGCCAGAUGGCUGAUAAGAGCGGACCUCGCAGCUCGUCUCGUAACGUAGCAACAAGGGGGAAGAACACCCGUGCUACAAUGCGGAGAGGCGGCAGGACGGACAACAAAUCCCCGUCGCGGUCCAUAUCAAGGACUCCCAAUAGAAGAAUGGUGUCCACAUCGGCCUCAACAUCGCCAGAGAGACCGAAGUCCCCCGAGAAGAAGACUUGUAAGUGGUUUAUCCCUUACAAAUCUGACGGGGAGACCGAUAAAGAGGCCUUUGCGGCAACGGCCUUAAGGAGGAGAGGCAGACCCAAAACCACUGGGGAGUAUGACCUUAAAAAGGCAUACAUGGCGAGGAAAGAGAUGCUCCAAACGAAGACGAAGGAGGAGAAUCUCUUGAAGGCAAUGGACAAUCCGUCUGUCUCGUUUACCAACCUUACGAAUAAUCGUAAGUACGUGGCCGAGAUAAACAGGCAGACGGAGUGCAUGGAGGAGGCCCCAACGAACGAUCUAGCUGCGUCUGUACUAGACGCCCCUAAGAAGAUGCUGGGGAUCGCUAUAAGGUCCGGAAACCUCAAAGGGACCUACAUAAAAGUCCUAAGGGAUGCUGCUGUAACAAUAACGGUGGGAGCCACUAUACUCAGCAGAAGAGUAGCGGAAGGAGGAGGAAAUAUAGAGGUUCUAGAGGAGGUGCGGAGCGAGAAUCAAAGGCUCCGCACCUCUCAAGAAGAACUGAGAAAGGAGAUGGAGAAGCUAAAGGGUACCAUCCGCCAAUUAAAGGAGGCGCCACCAUCAAUGCCGGUAGAUCCUCCACCUCCUCGACGUGUACCACCCCCGACUACAGUCCAUGUCAGGAAGGAGGAAAUGAGGGAACCCGAUCCAGAAGGAAAACAGGCCCUAAAAGAAAAUAUAAAGGUCAUCAAAGUCGGGAAACCUGGACCGACUAUAAAGGAGGACGAUCGGUUCAACAAAAAGGUUAGAAUCGAAAAACAGCAAGGUACAGUGGAAGAAGUUGAGGCCCUAAAAAGAAAGGUGGCGUCCAUAGUGGCUAAUGUGCUGAGCCAAAUGGCGCCACAAAAUAGGGACAGCCAGGGCGAGGUCUCCAAUCUACCUGCGGAACAACCGAAACCGCAGAGAGAGCCGAGAGAAAGGAAGAAAAAAGGGGCAAAAGGGGUGAAUGCAACAGCAUUGGAGCAGCAGAAGAGUGGACGGAAAUCCAUGCCUCCCCUCCCCAAAACAAAAAAGGAGGAAUUUCCUCCUCUCCCCAUCAGGGAAAUGGAGAGGGCAGAUACCACCAAGCCCGAGGAAAGCUGGGCCAAAGUGUUGGGAAGGAAAGAGAAGAAAAAGGAGAGGAGAGAAACGGCGAAGAAAGCCCAAGCCCAGCCUCCAAAACCUGUGGACAGGAAUAAAGAUGGAAGAGAAGAAGAGGAGGAGGAUAAGGAAGAGGAGAGUCCCGAACACAGCCACAAUAACAAUUUCGGCGGACAGCGGGAAGUACAAAGAAUUGUUGGUUGA